AUGUUCCUGAACUUAGACACAAAAAUAAACCUACCAUCCCCAAUUAUGAUCAAUAUAUCUGAUGAUUUAUCCAGUAAUAUAGCUCUAGCAAACACAUGUGAGCAUUGCGGUCUGAAUUUUCGAAGCUCAGAAGAAAAAAUACUUCACUCAAAUCUAUCUAUUGAAAUUCAGUCACAACAAAUAUAUCAAAAUCAAGACUCAAAUGAUAAUGAUUUUUUCACAACAAAUAUAUCAACUUCAGCAGAUAUGAUCCCUCUAGAGAACAAUCUAGACAUAUACUCUAUUUGAAUGUAUAUGCUGAGAUUGCUGACUCUGUCUCUUGAUUGGUGAGUAAAAUUUAUCUGGUCGUUAACCAAAAGGAGUUAUUUUUGAAAAAGAAUAUUUUUGGCUAUUAAUAAUCUGUAAAUAUUAUAUUAAAAAAUUUAAUUUAAUUUAUAAAAUUUAUGUAUGGAAAAUAGCAAGCUGUUUAAAAUUUAGCUGAAGAUCUCAUAUAAAUUAUUAAUUGAAAAAAAUUCAUAAAAUUUAUCCGGAUUAAUUACCUAAAAGAUGGAUUUUUCACUAAUAAAGAGGCGAAAUGAGAAUUUUGAUCAUAAAAAAUCAUUAUAUAUUUAAAUAGAAAAAGGGAUAUCUAUACCCCAGUACUUUUGCAAACCCUGCAACAGAACUUUCGACACAUAUAAAGGAUACAAACAGCACCAAGGAAAAAUACAUAGAACAAAAAGAAGAAAUUUCAAGUGCCUCAAAUGCGAUAGAAAAUUUGUCAGCAAAUAUGCAUUGAAGUUUCACUCAAACCAGGUCCAUGACAAUAUGCGCAAGGUAACAUGCGAGCGUUGUAUGAAAGUUAUAUACAACAAAUAUCAAUAUUUCAUACACCUUAAGUCUUGCUUAUAA